UCGGUGCCGGGUGUCCCCGGGAUGGAGCCGCCGCCGCCCGCGGUGCGGAGACAUCAGCAUCAACACAACCUGAAACACCGGUACGUGCUGGGGCGGACCCUGGGCAGGGGCACGUACGGCCGGGUCAAGUCGGCUACCGAGCGGCUCACCGGCAUGACGGUUGCAAUAAAAUCAAUCCGGAAAGAUCGAAUCAAAGAUGAACAGGAUAUGGCACACAUCCGACGAGAGAUUGAAAUCAUGUCAUCCUUAAACCACCCUCACAUCAUCAGCAUCUAUGAAGUUUUCGAGAACAAGGAUAAAAUGGUGAUAGUGAUGGAAUGUGCAAGCAAAGGCGAGUUAUAUGACUACAUCAGUGAGAGGCACAAGUUAAGUGAGAGGGAGACCAGAAUGUUCUUCAGACAGAUCGUGGAUGCCAUUCACUACUGUCAUAAGAAUGGAGUUGUUCACCGUGAUCUGAAAUUAGAGAACAUCUUGUUGGAUGAAAAUUAUAACAUUAAGAUUGCAGACUUUGGACUGUCUAAUCUGUACCAGAAGGACAAAUUUCUACAAACCUUCUGUGGGAGCCCACUUUAUGCUUCACCGGAAAUUGUCAAUGGCCAUCCAUAUCAUGGACCAGAGGUAGACAGCUGGGCUCUGGGUGUGCUACUGUAUACUCUGGUUUAUGGGACCAUGCCAUUUGAUGGUUGCGACCACAGAAAUCUCGUCAGGCAGAUAAGCAGCGGGGAUUAUCAGGAACCCACUCCACCAUCAGAUGCCCGUGGCCUUAUCAGGUGGAUGUUGAUGGUGAAUCCUGAGCGGCGAGCCACAAUUGAGGACAUCGCUAACCACUGGUGGGUGAAUUGGGGUUAUCAAGCGAGUGUGUGUGACUGCAAUCCUUUUGGAAGCUCAGAGGUUAGCUUUAUCGGUUGGCAACAUCACUCACGCUGUUCACAGUCAGAGGGCGAAUCGAAGCUAAAAUGCUCGGUAAAGCAGUUCCAAUCUCAGGGAGUGCGAGCAGCCCAGACAUCUGUGAAGAAGUCCAAGAAAGAGACUGACAUUGCUCACUGUCUACAUGAAGGAAUGCCAAGCAACAAGUGCAUACUGAAAAGGCCCAAAGGAAUUUUAAAGCAGAAGAUGGCUGAAGACUGUCACGCUCACAGCACUGGGGCUGUGAAAGUAGCUUCAGAGCAUGAACUUAGCAUGAGCAGUCCCUCUGCUGGAGCCGUUGGAGGCGUUGAAGCAACUUCUCUGUGCACACAAACGGCUGAAAACUCCAUUGUGAAGCCGAAGAAGGGAAUUCUGAAAAAAGCACAGCAGAGAGAAUCUGGUUAUUACUCUUCCCCCGAGCGCAGUGAAUCGUCAGAGCUCCUGGAUCGGGACUGUGCGGCUAAUACCAACUCCAUCUGCUCUCCUAAGCAUGGUGCAGGUUUUAAGGGCCUUGGCAUAAUGGCCCAGGGAAGGAAAGGAAUCCUGAAGCACACUGGCAAGUUAUCAGAUUCUGCCAUGAACAGUGAAUCACCAUCAGAGAUUACAGAGUUAACACAGCAGGUGACAGAAGCUCAAGGCUGCAGCCCCUCAUCCACAAUUAAAGACAAGGGCAGCCUCCUCUCUAAAGAGUCAUUCACGCUGCACCAUUUACCAGAAGACAGGCCAAUUCGCAGCUGUGUCUCUGCAGGAAACCUGCUGCAUCUCGAAGACUUUGAGGGGCUGAGGAUCCACCAACCUCUUCGCCACAUGAAAGCUUUCUGUCAACAACUGAGUGACAGCAGCUCCUCUCUGCUCACGGACAUGGACAAUUUCACUCAGAUCUACAAGAAAGCUCUAGAGAUAAGCAGCAAUUUGGAAUGAGGAGUUUGUGUGUGACAGCUGAAUGCAUGGACUGGUUUGUUCGCAUUUAAUGGUAAUAUCAGAAGCAUGGUAAGAGUCCCUUGUAGUACCACUGAAUGGGCUCUAAGUAAAUGAAGGGGGAGAAGGAUUGGAAGGUAAAUACUAAUAAUGAGGCCAAGUGAUUAUAACGAAGUGUAUUGGGGUUAUUGAGGCAUCUGAAGAACUAGAGGAUUCACAUUGAGGUUUGGAUGUAUACUGAAUUGAGAUGUUUAAGACUGGUUUUUGGGAAGCUGUUAUCAGGAUUGUUCUCUCCUGUUUUGACAGGAACUCCACAAUCAGAAUUGAAGGAGCUGAAAGCUCAAAUUAUUGGACAGUCAUUUAACAGUUUGGCUGUAAUAAGACUUGAAAAGGAUGAAACUCCAGAGUAAAGAUGUCUUAAUGAAUGAAUGAAUGUGAUGUCUAUAUUCAUAAACUAAAACCAAUGAUUGCAUCUAGCAGUGACUAGCAUGUGUAAAAUUAUUUGGGUAUAUCAUUAUUCCUGUGAAACUUG